AUGCCGUCUUUCUUGGCCGCAGGCCACGGCCUCCCGCCCACGCCUCCUCAUGUCAACACUGGUGGUCGUCUGGAUGAACCCACGUUUUAUCCGGUUGGUCACACCGCGUUUCCCCCUCGCUACCACCAGAGCGGCUCUGAGUUCAUUGAACAGUAUUCUCAAUCUCUGGUCUACUCGAAGUCACACGCGAUGAAUGUGUACCCGGGUUCAGGACACACAAUGCACGGUAUCCGGGAUGUGCACUCCAUGGGUCACCAGCAAUCCGCAUAUGGCCCGACCGCAGCCUCGUUGCCCCCCAUUCGCGCCAAUAUGCGCCUGCCGCCCAUGGACAGUGCCAUUCCCCCGCAGUACCGGCGUCACGAGAUGGCUUCGACUCAGCAGCACCAGUCUCAUCACCAUCAGCAACAGCACCAGCACCAGCACCAGCAACAAUCCCGCAAGGAGGAAAAAGCUACUGGAGGCGUUGCUGCCCACCUGGAUUACGAGAUGGAUCGGAUGUCCGAUUUUGUCGCAGAAAUGACUCAGGGAAUGUAUGAUUUGUACAACACCCAGAUCACCCUUUCAGAUAUUGACUUCGCGCGAAGCAUUUCCCCAGGAACUUCCGUCCCUCCGCAGUUCCGGAAAUACGUCUACCAGAUCCUCUCGUCGACUCGCCUGCCCAGUUCUACCAUCCUGUUGGGUCUGUUCUACAUGUCAUGUCGCAUGCGCAUCCUGUCCGCCCAGCGAACGUUCCAAUGCAGCAGUGGCCAGAUCUACCGUAUGUUGACGGUCGGACUGCUGCUGGGGAGCAAGUUCUUGGACGAUAACACGUUCCAGAACAAGUCGUGGGCGGAGGUGAGCAACAUCCCCGUGGCCGAGCUCAACAAGAUGGAGCUGGAGUGGCUGUUUGCCUUUGACUGGAAGAUCCACGACCGCAUCUAUGACCAGCAGGAUGGCUUCGCCUCUUGGCGUCGUCACUGGGAUAGCUGGAGUGCCAAGGCCAACGCGAGGGCCCACGAGUCUUCUCGCCAGACCCUCGCGCCCUUGGACACGAACGUCGCCCGGCAUCACCAGACCGUUGUGAAACCGCUCAUGUCUCCCGAGGGACCCAUCCCGCCGCAGUACCAACGCGGCUCGCACACCGAGAGCUCGUGGCUCAACCCUGCUGCCUCUGAGUACUCGCCGCCUUCUGCUCCCCACAGUGGCCCUAACACCCCGGACUACUACCCCGCUGGCCCUUGGGGCUUCGCGAACCCACCGCCACCCUACUCACAAGGGGCCUGGAUCCCGCCACCUCCGCGGUAUCUCCCUCAAUCUGCGCCACGGUCACAACCCCCCUCGUACCACCACACUCCAGCCUACGGAUUGCCCUUUGCUCAAAGUGUCUGGACCGGUCACGGCUCGUCCUGUGGCUGUGUGUACUGUGCCAAGCACAUGGAGAUUUACAUGCCUCACAGCGCUUUUCCUCCUCUCCACUCCGUCGUGGCCGGAUAA